AUGGACACGGCCAGUCCACCCUCGGCCCAACCCACUGUCAAAACCGGUCAAAACAUAGAGGAAAAAAUCCCUAUGGUGAAUAGUCAAAACUAUCGGGCUGAUUGCCCUUUGAACCCGGUGAAAGGCAUUUUGCACUCAUGGAUGCUUGCUAAAUUCUCACGAGCUGGUCGAUUGUUAUCUGCUGAUGUCUCAUCAGUCAGGAAGUUGGCAAUAUGUCGAAUGCAAUCGAGUCGCAAUUUGGCUGCUCGUGCAGCUUCCACCCAACUCAGCGAAGAAGAGGAAAUGUUAAAAGAUGCUGGUAAGGGAAUGUAG